AUGGAAGUUUCGUUGUUUCAAUGCCUCUCAAAGGGCAGCCUAAGCCAGCUCGGCGAAUCGUAUAAUGCAGCCAAAAAGCAAUUUCUAUCCUUGGAACGAAAAUUCGAGCGCGAUCAUGAGUAUCGUGAUUUGUAUCGUGAUUUUGUCAAUGAGUAUCGACGCCUAGGACAUAUGACAAAAGUGUCCAAUCCUAGUGCAUCUCAGUUUUCGUUUUACCUUCCUCACCAUGGUGUUCUGAAGUUGUCCUCGUCUACUACCAAACUUCGAACUGUUUUUAAUGCCAGUGCCAAAACCACCAGUGGUUGCUCGCUAAAUGAUGUUUUGAUGGUUGGUCCAACCAUUCAGUGUGAACUUAUCUCUAUUUUGUUGCGCUUUCGUAAAUUUCAGUACGUUUUGGCGGCUGAUAUUGAGAAAAUGUAUCGUAUGGUGUGGAUCGAUCCUAGUCAGCGGUGCCUGUUACGAAUCCUGUGGCGUGACAGUCCAGACGAAGAUAUCGAGGUGUACGAGUUGAACACUGUUACAUAUGGGACUUCAUCGGCGGCUUUUCUCGCCAUUAGGUGCUUGUACCAAUUGGGAAUCGAAUUUGAAGAAGUUUCUCCGUUAGUUGCCAAUAUAAUAAAGAAUCAUUUUUAUGUCGAUGAUGUACUAACUGGUGGGGAUACUAUUGAAGAUACCCUCAGUUUAGCUAACGAACUUUGUAAAGUUCUAAAAGGUGGUGGUUUUCUUCUUCGCAAGUGGGUGUCAAACGAACCCUCUAUACUCAAGGAAAUCGAAUCUGCAGAUAACAAUGGAGUAGUUGAUAUUGGUUGCAUGGAGAAUAACAAAACAUUAGGUAUGCGUUGGAACGGCGAAGGAGAUCAUUUUUUCUUUUCGAUUGGAAAUCAGUCAAGUUCCAAGGUCACCAAAAGAAUCGUAUUGUCAGAAAUCUCUCAAAUUUUCGACCCUCUUGGUCUCCUUAGUUGUUGCGUAAUCUUGGUAAAGAUUUUUCUUCGUGAUCUUUGGUUGGAAAAGUUAGAUUGGGACGAUGCCCUUUCCCAGCAAUUAUAUACAAGAUACUUACAGAUUCGUAAUGAUUUAAGAUUUUUGAACAAUUUGAAAAUUGAUAGGAAAGUCAUUUGUAAGAAUGCAAAGCUUGUAGAGCUGCAUGUAUUUUCGGACGCGUCGUCUUAUGCUUUGGGAAGCUGUGUUUAUAUUCGAACGAUCGAUAAUCAUGGUAAUAUUUUUGUCAAGCUUUUGUGCGCUAAAUCAAAGGUUGCUCCCUUAAAAAUACAGACAGUCCCGCGUCUCGAGCUUAUGGCAGCUGUGUUAGCUGCACGUCUCUGUGAAAAGGUUCGGCAAUCCAUGGAAAUUGAGUUUAAUAGCAUCACAUUUUGGACCGACUCGACGAUAGUUUUGGGCUGGAUAAACACCUCUCCGCAUUUGUUGCAAGUUUUCGUCGCCAAUAGAGUUAAUUCGAUCCAAGAGCUCACAAAUAUUGAAAAUUGGAGGCAUGUGCGAACCCAGGACAAUCCAGCUGAUUGUGUGUCACGUGGCAUGAAGCCUCAGGAGUUGUUAGAGUUCGAAAUGUAUUGGUCAGGACCAGAUUGGCUUCGAGAAUCCAUAGAAAGCUGGCCUGAGCCUCUUGUAGUGUCCAGAUCUAACGAGUUGCCUGAAUUAAAAAGGGUCGUUGUUGCAAAUACAUCUACGUUAGACUCUGAGUUUAUAGAUUUGUCUAGGUUUUCCAAUUUAACUCGAUUGGAACGAGUGAUUGCCUACUGUAUUCGUUUUAUAAAUAAUUGUCGUAGAAAAGAGGAUGAAAGGUUAUCGAGUUCUUUAAGUUGUGAUGAAAUAAGUCAUGCGUCCUUAGUAUUAGCUAGGUUGUCACAACGUCAAUCAUUUUCCGAAGAUCUUGUAACAUUGUCCAAGCAAGGGCAAGUUAGUAAUAAAAGUAAAUUAAUAAAGCUUCAUCCAUUUUUAGAUGAAAACGGUUUAAUUCGUGUCGGCGGACGUUUAAACAACUCAGAUUACGUAUAUGAGAAAAAACAUCCUAUUGUGUUGUGUUCAAAACAUGUUUUUACUAGGCUUUUAUUCGCUCGUGAACACAAACGGCUACUGCAUGCUGGCCCACAGCUCUUAUUAGCUGUUAUUCGGGAAAAUUAUUGGCCCAUAGCAGGACGUAGUUUAGCUCGUAAAGUUUUCCAUCAAUGCGUAAUUUGUUUUCGAAAUUGUCCCAAAGAAAUUAGCCCGGUGAUGGGUGAUUUACCAAAGCGGCGGGUCACACCAUCUCCUCCAUUUUACGUAACUGGCGUAGACUACGCUGGUCCCUUCCUAAUCAAGGAUAGACAGGGACGCGGCUGUCGCACUUCAAAGGCUUAUAUUGCGGUGUUUGUAUGCUUUGCCACAAGGGCUCUGCAUUUAGAGUUGGUAAGCGCUUUAACCACAGAAGCCUUUCUAGCUACUUUGAAACGCUUUGUAGGUCGGCGGGGAAAACCUGCACAAAUGUACUCAGACAACGGUACAAAUUUCCAAGGAGCUUAUAAUGAGUUAUCUAAAUUAGCGAAUUUUUUACAGAAUAAUGCAAAUUCAAUUGUCGAAGCUAUCGAGAAUAAAGGCAUCUCAUGGUCAUUCAUUCCAGCUAGUUCUCCACACUUUGGUGGGUUGUGGGAAUCGGGCGUACGAACGGUCAAAUAUCAUUUGAAACGCGUUGCGGGAAACGCAUUAUUAACUUUCGAGGAUCUGAGUACGCUAUUGAUAGAAAUUGAGGCUGUCCUCAACUCGCGUCCCAUGAGUCCUUUAUCUUGUGAUCCCUCUGAUUUGACACCUUUAACUCCCUCCCACUUUUUGAUUGGCCGACCUAUGGAAUCUGUACCAGAUAGAGAUUACACGGCAGUACCAACCAAUCGCUUAUCCCACUUUCAACGAAUUCAGCAAAUGAAAGGACAUUUUUGGACCAGAUGGUCGUUGGAAUACAUAUCCGAAUUGCAGAAAAGGCAGAAGUGGACAACGCAACAAGGCGUACUUGAGGCCAACGAUUUGGUGUUAGUCAAGGAGGACCACCUGCCUCCCCUCCAAUGGUUGCUUGGACGAAUAGUGGAGAUCCAUCCAGGAAAGGACGGAGUCGCUCGUGUCGCCACCAUCAGAAUAAAGCAAGGCACUAUCAGGCGUUCAUUUACUAAAAUUUGUCCCUUACCUAAGUGUAUUGGCUCUAGUAAUAGUUAA